GUUGCUUGCUGUGUGCUAGAUAAUUUCAUACGGAGUGAAGAUGGAUCAGACCAAGACUUGCGUGACAUAGGUGUACUAGUGGGUGAUGACGAGGCUAUACCUACCCCAAAUGAGGUAUCGACAAUUGAUGAAAGGCAAUGGCUAGUCCAAGUCACUCAACGAGCGAACGAGGACUAGAUCAGAACUCGUGAUAGGAUCGCGAAGCGCAUGUGGGAAGACGCUCAAAACAAUAGUAGGAUUCGAUAAUUCUACUUGGUAAUUAUGAUAAUCAUGACAUACUGCAUAACUAAAGUAAUAGAUGCUUAAUGAUUUUUGUACAACUUCGAAGUAGGAUUUUUUGCACUUUGUACACCGAAGCUCCCAAAUUUUGCUACAUACAUCAACAACUGUUUAUUCCUGUACAUUUUCCUUCAUUCGGCUAAACAAUAUAAUUGACACAUACUGUAUUCUGCAUUAUUCUCUUUGUGUAACUGCCUUCCCAUCUGCACAUAGGUGAUAUGUCGGCCAAUUUGAGUGGAUCUACUCCUACUCCAACGCAAUCGCCGUUGCGUAGCCCAGUUCUACCGACACGUACCUCACCACGUGAGAAGUCCGUAAUAUCUCUGGCAGAGCCAUCCUAUCGCGCUACGAAGAUCAAAUGGACUGGAACUAUGGAUCAAGUUUUGUUUGACACCUUGAUUGAGCAAAUUGCGCUAGAUAGAAAGGGAGAUAAUGGCUUCAAACGAGAAGCAUAUCAAGUGGCCACCGGCGCGGUCCAUAGACGUACACAGAUACUUCUUACCUGGCAAAAUAUUCAAAAUAGAUUGAGGUAUCAUAAGAGGGAGUACGGUGAUAUAAAGGACAUGCUGGCUGCAAGCGAUUUCGGUUAGGACAGUGAGCGCAUGGUGGUGAUGGCCCCAGACGAGGUUUGGGAGGAAUAUUUAAAGUCUCAUCCGCGAGCAGAGAGGUUGCGUGGCAAGCGAAUUAAACGGAUGGAUGAUUUAUCGGUGAUUGUCAGGUCAGACCAGGCGAUGGGCAAAUAUGCGCAAGGAAGUCAGAACAUUGCGGCAUCUGCGUCUCGUGUUUAUAGAGACCUGAAUGAUUCGUGGAGAGAGCUGGACGAUGAUACAGAUGCUACCGUGGACCUAUCUGAGGAAAACAUCGAUGAAUCACCUGGCAUAUAUGGCCGAUCAACGGACAGUCAAACAAGGGAAAAUAGGCCAUUUCAGGACACACCCACUCGUAGAACCGAUUCUGAUAAUAGUCAUGGUGGAAGUGCAACAACAAAAAGGAUAUGACCUGCUUGACCAUGUAAUGUUGUAGGCUUAUCUCUCACGAGUGUCGUAGAGGCAAUGCGUAACUUCUUUGUUGAAAAGGAUGCCAACCAAACGCGGUGUGUCUUAAACAUACUGGAAGAGGUUCAGGGGCUAACCAAUGCUGAAUUUAUUGAGGUUGGUCAGCUCUUGAAUAAAGACGAGAAGCUUGCCUCCUUUUUUGUUGCCCUACGGCUGGAUCGUUGCGUUGAUUGGCUUAAGAAAACUCUGGACGAUUUGAAGGGUAAUGACGGUGGUGGUUCUGUUUGAUGGUUGCUGAUCUUUAGGGUUUAAAACCUUUGAACGUUGGGUACCGUUCAUAUGGUAAUUCAGGUGGAGAACAGUUGGCAGAAGAAACUCUUUUAUUUUGGAUGGUUUAAGUUAUUCACAGAUUUUUAUUU